AUGGCCAAGCUCUCCAAGGUAGUCUUCCUUUGGAAGGUACUCUCUAUCCCUCUGGCAACUGCCUACCCUCAGCUCCAGAACGAAUUCAAGCAGCGAGCUGUGAAGCCUUCAGAGAUCAAGGGCUCGUAUGACUAUGUCAUCAUUGGAGGUGGACAGUCUGGCUUGGUUGUUGCCAACAGACUGUCUGAGGAUCCCAAGGUAUCCGUCCUUGUUGUCGAGUAUGGCUACUUCGACGACUCCUACGAUGUCCUCGAUAUCCAGAAGGUGUUCCGCGAUACCACGCACACCAAGUACAACCUGACUUCGGUUCCACAAACCCAAUUGGGAGAAGCAAACCAGGUUCAGAGCGUCCCGGCAGCUGCUGUCGUUGGAGGUGGCUCCGCCAUCAACGGCAUGUUCUUCAACCGCGGCGCUGCCGACGACUACGACAACUGGGAGAAGCUCGGCAACCCCGGCUGGGGAUUCAAUGGCCUCCUGCCCUACUUCAUCAAGAGCACGACGCUCCAAAUUCCUGACGCCGCGUUUGCCAAGGAGUUCAACGCCACCUGGGACGAGAAGGUGUAUGGCAAGAAUGGACCGAUCCAGGCUAGCAUCUACCCCGUUCAGUACCCGGCUCUUAAGUCGGUGUGGACGGGUUUCGAGGAGUUGGGAGCGGAACGCCAGAAGAGUGGUGAUGACGGAAAUGCUCACGGGUUGUUUUGGGCUACUCGCUCCAUCGAUGACCGCACCCGCACCCGCUCUUAUGCCCGCACCGGAUACUACGCCCCCGUAGCCGAGCGCAAGAACCUUGACCUCCUUACCGGGUGGCGCGUCAAUACCAUCACGUUUGACAAGAAGAAGCAAGCCACCGGCAUCAACAUGCAAUCCCGGGACUCCAUAACCGACGCCAAGGCCAAGAUCACUUCCAUCAAGGCCAGGAAGGAAGUCAUCCUCGCCGCCGGCGCCCUCCACACGCCCCAGAUCCUGCAACGCAGCGGUGUCGGUCCCGCCUCCCUCCUCCAAAAGGCCAACGUUCCCCUUGUCAUCGACCUUCCUGGCGUCGGCGCUAACAUGCAAGACCACCCCCAAGUAACCAUGAUCGUCGCUCUCCUCCCCCUCUCCCUCGUAUCCCCAGCGAACUACACCUCCCUCGCCAAGUCCUACCUCUCCCAGUCAUCCGCCGCUUAUUUGCCCGCGUCGUACAGCGCUGCCACCCUCAAAGCCGGCUACGCCAAACAGCAAAAGCUCCUUGGCUCGUCCCUGCUCCGCAAAGAUAACGCGGCCCUCGAGAUGCCCUUCGCCGGCAACGGCGGGUAUUACCUGCUCAUGCUGACCAAGCCAGUCUCGCGCGGCACCAUCAACAUUAACACCAGCAACCCGUACGCCGAGCCACUGGUGGAUUUCAACACCUUUGGCAACCCUGCCGACUUGGCCAUCGCCAUGGAAGCGUUCAAGUUCGGGCGCGUGCUGCAUAACACCAAAACCAUCUCAUCCACUUUCCACCCCGUAGAGCUGGCGCCCGGCGCGCAAGUUGCCAGUGAGAAAGAUCUGGAAAAGGCGGCGAGGGAUACAGUCGUUAGCACUACUGCGCAUUUGUCAGGGACGGCGUCGUUGAUGCCCCGCGAGCUGGGUGGUGUCGUGGAUACUGAGUUGAAGGUUUAUGGAGUCAAGGGAGUGAGGGUCGUGGAUGCGAGUGUUAUGCCGUUGAUUCCAGGGGCGCAUCUGUGUAGUACUGUUUAUGCUGUGGCGGAGAAGGCGGCGGAUUUGAUUAAGGGGAGGAAGUAG